AUGGACGCCCAUGCUCGUCCGCCUGAAGCCCUCAGACUCCAAUACAAGCAUUACCAAAAGCUUUCUCGCCAGGCAUUAGACGACGACCCUGACUUGUUUGACAUUCGACGUCCUAAUCUAGCUGCCUGCCACGACCGCAAUUUCUUCCAUGACUCUCCUGAUCAUCUCGCCACUCUCUGUUCCACCUUCCUUGACGACCAUGUCAAUACAUUGCCGCCGUCAGUGACGUCUGCUAGAUUGUACGAACACCCGCAUCUUCCAGGUCUCUUCAUCAUCCCUUCCCUGCUGCACAAAGAGAUCCAGCUUGCUCUGUUGCACAAACUGUUACAUCGCGACCUCUCCAAUCCCAUUCACAAGACAAACCUGCACAUGCACUAUGACAUGGCAUAUCCUCAAAACACGUCCUCUUUCUUCAGCAAAGAGGCACAAACUCUCUCACACCAGCCCAAAGAUCCUGCUGUCCACAAACCCAUCGCAAUGUCUUCUUGCCUGAAUAGGAAAUUGCGCUGGGUCACUAUUGGCGGCCAAUACGAUUGGACCAAAAAAGUAUACCCUGCAUCACCACCGCCGCCCUUUCCACAUGAUGUGGCUGCAUUGAUCGAAGGUCUGUUUCCGUCUAUGAAAGCACAAGCCGCCAUAGUCAAUCUCUACACGCCUAGUGAUACACUGAGUCUGCAUCGGGACGUGAGCGAAGAAUGCGAUCGACCGCUGGUCAGCAUUUCUUUGGGAUGCGAUGCCGUGUUCAUGGCGGGUUUGGAAGGCAGCAAAGGUCUUGCCAUCCGCCUACGGUCUGGAGAUGCUCUUGUCAUGUCUGGUCCCGCUCGCUAUGCAUGGCAUGGCGUACCACAGAUAUUGCCAGGCACCUGUCCCGAAUGGAUGGCAGACUGGCCUCACAAAGGGGCUGAAGCAGAUGAAGAAGCGUAUGAGCAUUGGAAAGGGUGGAUGGCACGAAAGAGGAUCAACCUCAAUGUAAGACAGAUGUGGGAGUAG